AUGACCUACCUCACAGAUCUGCACUCGUAUCUGCACCAAUCCUCGCUCCUCAUCCAAGCCUACCCUUCCGCACGGAUCACGACAAAGUAUGCACUACCCCGGAAACCUAAUACAAAGGCCAAGUCAAACCCCAAGGGAUCUAAACGGAAAGAGGAUUCUGCUUCUGGCCCUUCGACGACAGACACAGCGCCAGCAGCAGCGAAUUCGCAGCCGCAAGGCAAGCGGGAGCGUUCUGCUGUCCUCACCUUAAAAACCUACCACGCAGAGAGCGGAAUAUGCUUGAAAUAUCGAACCGACAAGGCUGCUGAAGUUGGGAGAUUAUUGAUUGGACUAGGGAGACUGGCCAAGGGGGAGGUCAUUGAGAUGCCUGCUGCUGUUGCUGUUUCUGCGGCGCCAGGAGCUGGGACAGGCGUAGAUGGUGACAAGAUGGACAUCGAUGGCGGGAACGGCGUUACGACAACCAAGGUCGAGGACAAAGUUGUCACUGCGCCGCCAGCUGUGACGCAUGGGGCUGGAGGUGGAAAAGGCAAAAAGAAGAAAGGGAAGAAGUGA